UUUCACUCUUAGCGACCGCAGCAGCAGCAACAGCAGCGAGCGCGGAAUGGUCCCCGCCUCUCCGGGGAGUUUCCUCCAAGGCGAAGUUUGACUUUAUGUGUAGCACCUGUUGUGUCGCCAGUGAGCCGUCUGCACUCGCCAAACACUCCGAGCCACCGUGGCGGACACCUAAAGCAAGACAUUCUUCAGAAAGUUGUUUGACGGACACCGGUACAAGCUGCAUUUUACCUAGUCAGUCGCUGUUUACAUCAUUUGGAAAAUUAUAAGGGAACUGUUCCAACAACUAUGUGUUGCGUACGCGUUACGCUAAUGGACUGUGUUUGCAGGGGACAGUCGAACUUUCUGCCUAUUUACAUGUGUUUCGGGUUUUAACAGAUCUAAGUUUUUAGACCGCAGCCGUGCACACUUUUAGCAGUUUCUUCACUUUUUGUUGUUUUUCUAGAAUAUCGGGGGCAUUUAACGAACAGGUGCGCCUUCAGUUACACCAAUAAACGUCCGGCAGCGUUCAACUUUGAGAAGAUGCAUCUCGGGUAACUUUCCACCAAUAACUUUUUGCUGUCAGAAAGCAAGAAACAACCGGUCGAUCGGGAUUAUGUGGACUUUACCUUGCGCGUACUUCUUACAGAUGUGUCCAAAGUUGGAUACCCGUCUCACAAGCAAUAUACCUGCAUGGUGAUUGAAACAGCACAUACUAAGUGCCUAUAAGCACCGAAAGACACCAUUUAUCCAAAUGAUUCCAUUGCUCCUCUUGAUUCUUAUAUCGUCUCUUCAUCAGCAUGAGUCGGUGGCGGAAUCGAGUCACAUCAGUAAGAUUCACCACCCCGCUUCGAAAGAGCAAAAUGGUGUUCAAGAGUCUCAACAUGAGAAGGUUCUCACAGUCUCUGGGGAUGGAGUUAUUCACAGUCCUGACUUCCCCAACACAUAUCCUCGCAAUACAGUUAUAGUGUGGAGGCUGGUGGCAGUCACAGAGGGUUCCAGGAUUCAGCUGACCUUUGAUCAGCGCUUUGGCCUGGAGGACCCAGAAGAUGGCAUUUGCAAGUAUGAUUAUGUGGAAGUGGAGGAGCCUGUCGGAGGAAUGGUGCUGGGUCGGUGGUGUGGUUCACAAAUGGUCCCAGGGCCCCAGAUAUCCAAAGGUAACCAGAUCCUGAUCCGCUUCGUCUCUGAUGAAUACUUUCCAUCAGACCCAGGGUUCUGCAUCCGUUAUUCUUUGCUUCAACAGAGGCAGCAGGAGCCCGAGACCCCUGCGGUGGUGCCGUCAUGGAUGCAGAGUGUGGAUGCUUUAAAUGAGGCUGUAGCUGCUUUCAGCACAAUGGAGCAAGUGAUGAAAUACCUGGAGCCAGACCGUUGGCAGGUGGACACGGAGGACCUUUACAAGCCGACCUGGCAGGUGGUGGGCAAGUCCUUCUUCCACCAGAAGAAAUCCAGAGGAGUGGUUGAUCUGAACCUGCUUCGAGAGGAGGUACAGAUGUACAGUUGCACUCCACGGAAUUUUUCCGUCUCACUGCGUGAGGAACUGAAAAGGACAGACGCAAUCUUCUGGCCGAGCUGCCUGCUGGUAAAGCGCUGUGGGGGAAACUGUGCCUGCUGCUCUCAUCACUGUUAUGAUUGCCAGUGCUCGCCCACCAAGGUGGCCAAGAAAUACCACGAGGUCUUGAUGAUGAAACACCGAGCAGGGGGUCGUGGGCUGCAGAAAUCUCUGACAGAUGUCCCACUGGAACACCAUGAGGAGUGUAGCUGUGUGUGUAAAAAUGACUCCGACUAAACCAGUCCAAAGAAAAAACACUGCCCCCCACAGACUGCGCUUCAGCCAGGGAAAUAUUUCUUGCUUGGUGAUGACUGAGCUGAAAACUUUUUUUUACUCUGAUGUUGCAAACUAAUGAAACCCAGGUUUGGAUAUCUUAUUAUCUUGACUCGUCUAAGCCUAUGGUUCCAUUCUCUUUGGCCGCCAAAUCCAUAAAGAAUUAACCCAUGAAGAAGUUUCCAUUGGCCACAAGGAAUGUUUGGAGGAUAAUUGGACACAGUCUACUUCUGUGUCUGGAGGUUUGCGUAUGAUGUGCGUAUGUACUGUAGGGGUUCUUUGUGUGUGUUCACGAGCACGUGCACAGAGUUAUGCAGGUUCAGGAAAUGAGAAUGCGUAAAAGAUGUGCUUAAAAUUAGAUCUUGGAUUCCAGGAUAACAAGAUGGCCUGAAGUGAGCUGAGUGCAUUUUGGUGAAGAUGAGUAAGUAAAUAAAAUAUAUAGAGAGAGAGAGAUAAUGAAUGACAGAACAAGCUAAGAAAAAAUCUAUGAAUUAUUGUCACUCCGAAGAGACUCCUGUGUUUCUUAAUGAUAGAUGUUACUUAGGAAACAAGCAGGUUUGGCAACUGACUUUCUGUCCCACAAUUUUGGGGUCGUAACUUUUUAACAACUUAUAAUAUUAGAGGACCAUAGCUGCAAGACACAAGGACAAUUGGGGUGGUAUGGACACUGUCUUUUGAAUAACCCGAAGACAUGAAUUACUCUGUGGGAAUAAACCAGCGCUCCAUUUUCUUCGCAUCGCUGCAUUGAAAUACCCAUUUAUAAUUCAUCAAGAAUGUUUCAAGAAAAGGAUUUUGCUACUGUUUAAAAGAGGAGCUGAGUGAACGGCUGAACUGGAAAAUCUUUUGCUCAUUGGCCAUGCAUUUACUGUUUAAAAUGAACAAUAGACUAAAAACGCAAAGGUGACUUUUUGUAAAUACAUUUAAAGUUCUGUUUUGUGGACUUUCCUUCAUUUUUACAUUUGUUUGUAUCAACAUUUUGGACAUGUAUAAUCUUUUUCCACUUUCAUAACUACGGUGGUAUUUUGUGCAGUAUUAGUCACUGUUGUAGACAUUUAUCUUUUUUCUUUUUAUUCCACUGGUUUUACAAAUGCAUCAUUUUGGAUUAGAUGUUUAUGUAAAUAGAUUAUUUUAGAAGUUAAAGGGACGGAGAACUGCCAGUACCCUGUUGCUCUUACCAUUAAACGAUUAUCAAAAUUGUUGUGGUUUUUCCAAGUGGCACUUAAAGCAUUAGUUUGCUUGAGUAAUCUGCAGUUGUCAAAGAAUCACUUAAUACUGCCAGAGGGAACCCUAACCAUGAAUUAUGAACUACAACCUGACAUCUGCCUUUAAGAUUGCAAUUAGAUAAAAAAAAGUAUCCCAGCAUUAAAAAAAUAAGACUGCUGCAUUAUUACAUUCACAAACGUACGUUAACCUUUUAUAACCUCUUCAUCAUUUUAUAAGUUUAUAGAGCGGAUUCAUCUCUUUUGUAUUAGUUUACUGGUUAGUAAAAUGAUGUAUUAUAUUGUUGCUCUCAGGUUAAAGUAGUACCCCUGUUUUGUUUCUGUGCAAACUUGUAGUGUUCCUUGGACAAAAACAUGCAUAAUACAUUUUCUUUUUAUUUGUUCCUGUGAAUAAAUUAAUCCUUAAGACUUUCA